GCACAGAGUAGAAGAAGGGAGUGGUACGUCAAUAACUGACGCACAGCGGCAGCAAAUUAUGUUUAAAACCAAAAGUCCAUAGUGUUUCCAAUAUAAAUAUAUUCAAUUCAAUUCAAUUAUUCAACAUAAAAAUAAAAGCAACUGUAAUAUUUAUAAAUAAUACUCGUACAAAGUGCAAAACUACGCCAGCAAAAAAAAAAAAAAGAAGAAAAGUGCAACAACAAAUGCCAGCGAAAAAAAAGGAGGUGUGCAAUUUUCAACAGGCUUACAAAAAUCUAAUUUACAAAACGAAUGCAAAGAAACUCAACUGAAUUUUCGGCAAAUUUACCCCCAGAGAAACAACAUGAAAAUCGUGUAAAACUGAUAGAAAACUCAAUUUAUGCAUGAGUUAUUUUUUCACUGCUGCGUCAACGUUUAACUGUAAACUUUUGUUGCAUGUGACGUAUGCAACAAAGUGCCGAAUGAUGUACAUGUGUGUGUGUGAGUGUGAGUGUCGUAUACCGAAGGCUCUAACCGUACUCGCUGCAAGAGCGAGCGCUGCAAAGUAUGCAAUAAAUUUGCGCAUUGUUUAUGUGCAACGCUAAUGGGCUGGAGGGGCUGGCGAGGAGGGGGGACUCCGAUCGAAACGAGAAUGAGAGAGAAAUAGUGAGAGGGAGAGAGGGAGUGAGGCACAGUGAGGUAGGCUAGGGCAACCAACAGUUGACUAUUUGUUGCAUGUAUGCCUCACUCAACACUCGCUACUCGCCAGCUUUCGCUCUCGCUCUCGCUCACUCGUCACUCUCUUGCAUACUGUAUGUCGCACUCUCUCUUUCUCUCUCUUUGGUGUGCUGUUCGUAUUCAAUUCACACAACAUUCGACAAGUGCAGAGUGAAACAAGUUGUUGUUGCUGAAACACAGCGAACAACGAAAUUUUUUUCACUUAUUCUUGUUCAAUUUUCAACGAUUUCGAGCUUCAAAAAUAUAACCAAAAAACUUUAACUAAUUUACACGGAAACUGCAACGCAACAACGAGAGCAAUUUCUUUAGUGAUUCUUUCCAAGCGAAACUACGCGUAUUAAAUAAAGUGAUAUAAACAAGAAACUGCAGAUGUUAUAGGGUAAACGCUUGGAGUGCUUGGGCCUGUGGAGGAGAGCCAAAGCCGAGUGCCGACGGAAUCAAGAUCAGGAUCAACGAUGCCCGCUAGUCGCAGCCGGCACGGGAACGGGCACAACAAAGCAGCAGCAGAAGCAGAAGUAGGAGUAGGAGUACAAGUAAAAGUAGAAGCGGAGCCGAUAUCUGUAUCCGGUGCAGAGGAAGCGCUACUCUCAAGGCAGCUCAUGUCAAAGUCGAAGUCAAAGUCGGAGUCGGAGUCAAAGUGAAGCAUUUUACUCUGCAGACCACUCUGGAGUCGAUGUGAAAGAAGGUUGUGCUAUAUCUAAAUAUUAAACAAAUAAUCUAACUAAAUAACAAAAUUAAACAUAAGUAAAAAAAAAAAAAAACAAAAGGAAUAUAAAGAGAAAAGGAUAUACGGGGUGAAUACUCAUAAGUAGUUUAUAAAACUUUAUUGGACGACCCAAACUGGCAACAGAGACGAAGACGACACAAUGUCUGUGGACUUUAUACUGCCCAAUCGCAACAAGAUACAAACGAUUGCUUACGCGAGCAAGAAAUAUGCGCCAGUCACUGAAUCCCACAGCUGGCGACGCCCCAAGUCAAAGCCGAGCAGCAGCAGCAGCCGGAACGGAAGCGGGAACGGGAGCGGGCAACAGACGCUGCGAAAACUGAGGCCGGCGGCCACAUCCAAUGUGGACAAAUCCCAUCCGGUGCUGCGCAAUGCCAAUAACAAUAACAGUAACCCACACAAUGGCAAGAUGACGGUCAAGUCUGGCCCCAAGGAUAAGGAUAAGGAGUCUAAGCGCGGCGGCAGAGCUGCGCUCAAGCGUGAGAUAAUCGAGUUGGACGAGGAUGAGGGAAAUGUGGUGGCCCAGCCGGACGACGAGCAGCAAUUGGAAUGGUCGGCAGCACAGUCCCUGGUGCAAAUGAACUCUAAGCAGGAGCGCCGUCUAGGAACGGGAGCAGCAACUGGAGCUGUAACAGCAACAGGAGCUGGAGCCAAGGCAGUCUCAGCAGCCGCAGUAUCUAUGCGCCGUCCAGUGGCCUUUGGUCGCGCCCCGGCCGAGGAUGGCAAGGUGAUCUUCUAUGCGCCGCCGGCCAAUGCCAACGGCUCCGCCAGACAACCCCAGCCCAUAGCCAUAAAGCGCGAACGGGAGCAACAAGUGGCAGCGGCUGCAGCUGCGGCGGCGACCUCGGCCUUAUACAGGGGACGCAGCGUGGAGGAGACGGAGGCGGCACAUGAUCUGCUGUCCUUGUCGCAAAGUCUACCGCCGCUAAUUCCGCCCUGUGUGGUGACCAUUAUGAAGCAAGAGAUUUUGCAGAAGCCGCCGGAACAUUGCCUACCCGUUAUGCAGGAGAUUCCGAACAAGUCGCCGCAGUCGCCGCCGCCGCCGCCAUCGCCAGCGCCGUACCAGAGCAGCAGCAGCAGCAGCAGCAAUGGAGCCAGCUCCAAUAUCCGGUUCAUUGGUAGCAGCUCCUACGACUUGUUGAGCAGCGCGCCCGAAACAUCGAACAAUUGUUCGCCGCUGACGCCGCCCAAUUCCGAUCACAGCUCCGAUGUGGACAUCGACAUGUCCUCCUCGUCCGAAUCCGGCCAGCUGCACUGGAACAAGCAGCCGCCGCCUCAGCAGCAGCAACAGCGUGCCUCCGCUUUGAAGAUGUGUCUCAAUAUGCUCGACGGCCGCACCAAGGCCAGCAAGGCGGCCACCAAGGAUAAGGAGCAGCAGCAGCAGCAGCUGCGUCCCAAGAGUGUCAACAGCAGCCAAAGCAGCAGCAGCAGCAGCGCCACCAGUGAUCAAGCAACUGGAGGAGCAGGAGGAGGAGGAGCUGCACCCGCUGGCGAGAACUAUGCCAAGCGUAAGCGCGGCUGCUACAAGUGUUCCGAGUGCGGCAAGCAAUAUGCCACCUCGAGCAAUCUGUCGCGCCACAAGCAGACGCACCGCUCCCUGGACUCACAAUCGGCCAAGAAGUGCAAUACCUGCGGCAAGGCGUAUGUCUCGAUGCCUGCGCUGGCGAUGCAUCUAUUGACGCACAAACUCUCGCACAGCUGCGAUAUCUGUGGCAAGCUGUUCUCGCGCCCGUGGUUGCUACAAGGCCAUCUGCGUUCCCACACCGGAGAGAAGCCGUACGUGUGCGUGCAGUGUGGCAAAGCGUUUGCGGAUCGCUCCAAUCUGAGGGCCCACAUGCAGACGCACUCUGGCGACAAGAACUUCAAGUGCCUGCGCUGCAACAAAACCUUUGCUCUGAAAUCGUAUCUGAACAAGCAUCUGGAAUCGGCCUGCCUGCGGGAUGCAGGCGCCAAAAAUGUGGACGGUGACGAUGAGGAUCUGGAUGACGAGGAUGAUCUGAAGCAUGAUAACGACGAGCACGACGAACUCGAGGCGGACGAGCUGGACAGCGAUGAGAACAGCCAGGAUAUUGUGGUAGCCUAAGCUUAUCUAAUAUAUAUGCAACUUAAAACUUUAUGAAACUUUAUACCGAAAAUCCUAUAAGCAAUACUCGAGCACCCUUCCCGAAGGAAAUAUAUAAAUCAAAUCAGUCAACUAGCAGCUUAUUCAGAGUAGUUUUGAGCAUGUCGAGCAUGUGGAAUGUGUUGGUAACGUCUUGGAUGCCAGUUCUAGAUCUCAAGAGUCAAUAACAUGUUUUCAAAAGCAGUUAUAAUACAUAUUAUUAUUACACAUUAUUAUUACCUUCAAUUAUUAACAUUAUCUGACCUUUUCCUGUCCGGAAUGAGCGAAUCUCUCCAAGUUGGGCAUUUUUAUUGAAUGAAACAAAAGAAAAAACUAAAACAAAAGGUUUAAUAUGAAAUCCAAAAUGUAACUUAUAGUAAAAAUCUGACACAACGAAUAUUAUGGAACAUAAGUAGAAAUUCUAUAUAUACACACAGAUCAAAUAAGCAUAUAUACAA